GCGCUCCAGAAACAUGCAACAUGCAAUCUCACGCAGCACCAUCGCCAGACGGCAGCUAUGUCGUGUGGACGGACACCAAUAAAAUUUGCUGGCAAGACAUACGUGGUCGACAUGCGCCCUACUUUACGCUCGCCACAAAUCGCGGCAAGGUGAUCGCCUACAGAUUCUCCUUCGACAGCAGCCAAUUCCUCCAGCUCUCCGAAGGCGGGGUCGAGAUACUGACCAGGAAGCUCGAAUGCCGUGCCACUCUGAGCAACGGCGGCGGCGGUCUCGGCAAGGUCGUCAAUGCCCAUUUUAUCGGGAAUCACCACGUCCUAACUGCUUGGGAGUUCGGAAAAGCCAAGUUAUGGCAUCUGAAUAGUGGGAAGGCCACGGACCUUCCAGAUUGGAAGACGUGUUGCAGUGGCAGAGAUUGGCCGAGUAGACCAGGAUACAGCACGCCUCCUCUCUUCGCUCAGCUCUCUCGAAGUGGUGCCGAGGAUCAUCUAGCUCUGCUCUUCACCUCAAUAGAGAACACACCUUCCUUGGUCAAGCUGCCGACUACGGAUGCACAGGCGAUAUCUUGGUCGCCUGAAGGCCGGUGGCUGUCGGUAUUGGACGUACCCACAGUCACGCCUAACCUGCACAUUUUCACGCCAGAUGGACACCUCUUCCGCUCGUAUCCUUCAGGCAAAGACUCCGGGUUUGCCUUGGGCAUCAAGGAUCUCGCUUGGUCGCCCGAUGGGAGGACUCUGGCGCUGGCUCGCCACGACAAUCGGGUGGAGCUUCUCAAUGCAAGGACUUUCUCUCUUCUAGCGACCAUCGAGCACAAUACCACCAUCGAUCAAAGCGACUUGCCAGUGAACUCGAGAGCGCCAAUUUGGCAGGAAAUCGUUUCGGCCUCCAAUGAACGCGCUUACACUUUUGCGCCACAGCCCGUCUCGCCGCCACAGUCCCAUGCGAAGCCGGGGUCGGAACCCACUGAAUUAGGGAUCGUCGAGCUGUGUUUCAGCUGCGAUGGCAGUUUUCUAGCCACCCGCGACGGCCGCAUGCUCAAUACAGUUUGGAUAUGGGACAUUUCGAAGCCUUCGGCGCACGCUGUGCUGAUUCAACACAGCAACGUCCGGAGUUUGCAGUGGCAUCCAACCAGAAGUUCCACUCUCAUGAUAGAUUGUGCAGAAGGUGUGGUGCAUUUGUGGGAUGCUUCAGCAACGGAGCCACCUACAGCACACCGCACUACCAGUCCGCCCACGGCCAAGCUUUCAUGGAUCAAUACCUCCGCUGAAUCGAACGUCAUUGUGAUGGUCACUUCGCGAUCUAAAUUCGAGCUCGUGUAUCCGGAGGGACGCGACGAGCACGAGUUGAACGGCUCGAGUACACCGCCGUUACAAGCAAAUUUUGAAGAAGGCGCAAGUGAGGACUCACUCUUCGAUGUUCUGUCGGGCCGCAAACCCCUCCCGCCUAAAACAGAACCUUCCUACACCGAGCGAGUAGAUAUGGAUGUCGAAGAUGAAUACACUGAGCAGGGAGCACUGGAAGAUACGUUCCGUGAGAAGCGGAAGCCUCUGGCAGAGGAGUUGGAUCCGCUUGACGAUUCCGAUAUCUUCUAGAGCAGACCACAUUCGCUAGGAGUCAGCUUCGUCAAGUCAAGGCAGCUCUUCCAUUCGCGACGUGGUGGAAUGAAGGAUCUUUCCGUUCGAAACUCCACCGCUGAGGACAAGCAGGAUGUGGAUACCGCACACGUUGUGGUCUCUUCCUUCAGAGUCUCUCACUCCGACCGAGGAUGGCAUCAGACCUCACUUGUCACAUGAGCGUUGCAUGCCUGCGCAGCACAUGCAACCAGUGGCAUCCGUCGCUGAGAAUUCACUGAGGCAACCGUUGGACCAUGGC